AUGACAGACAACACGGAAGAUUACUCCUACGACUACGAAUAUUUGUACAAAAUUGUUCUUAUUGGUGAUUCAGGCGUUGGAAAGUCAAACUUGUUAUCAAGGUUUACCCGAGAUGAAUUCAACUUGGAAAGCAGAUCAACCAUUGGUGUUGAAUUUGCCACUCGAACUUUAGAAAUUGAUGGCAAAAGAGUCAAAGCUCAAAUCUGGGAUACUGCUGGACAAGAAAGAUAUAGAGCAAUCACAUCAGCCUAUUAUCGUGGAGCAGUUGGCGCUUUGAUUGUUUAUGAUAUUGCAAAGACUGAAAGUUAUGAAAGUGUUAGUCGUUGGUUGAAAGAGUUGAAGGAACAUGCCGAUGCAAACAUUGUGAUUGAAUUAGUAGGCAACAAAUCCGAUUUGGAUCAUUUACGAGCUGUGCCUACUGACGAAGCUAGGAAUUUUGCCUUGGAGAACAACUUGUUAUUCACUGAAGCCUCUGCGUUGAGUUCUGAUAACGUUGAUUUAAGUUUCCAUCAGUUGUUGAAGAAUAUCUAUGAGAUGAUAUCGAAGCACCAAUUGGAUACUAAUGAACAAGGCGGAUUAAAAGCGCCAACUAGUGGGCCAACGAUAAGUUUGACACCGGCACCAAAGGAGAAAAAGAGUAGCAAGAAUAACUCAAACUGUUGUUGA